AUGACUAGGCACGGUGGUGGCUGCAGGCCUGGGGGACUAUAUAAGCUUGAGGGGCAUGGCACCUGGCAUCAGUGUCUCGCUACAGCACUCAACAUGAAGCUCCUGAUCGUCCUCUGUGUGGUCGCCGCUGCCGUCGCCGCUCCGAGCUACGGCAACGACAACAGUUCUGAGAGGGAAGCAGAAAUCCUGAGGGACGACCGCGUUCACGGAGAUGACGGGAGAUACAACGUCGACGUCGAGACCGAGAAUGGCAUCACCCUCUCCCAGUCUGGUUCUCCCGAGGGCAACAACGGCGCGAUCAGCAAGGCUGGCCAGUAUACCUACACUGCUCCCGACGGUACUGUCGUCUCCGUCAAGUUCGUGGCCAACGCGAAUGGCUACCAGCCCGAGUCCGACCACCUGCCCGUGGCCCCCGAGUUCCCCCACCCGAUCCCCGACUUCGUUCUCAGGCAGAUCGAAUUCGCCGCUGAGGAAGAGGCUCGCCGCGCCCGUGGAGAAGUCUCUCGCUCCUACGGUGCUCCCGAAGACGACUAAGCGCACAAGUAUUCAAGUCUGAAAAUCCGCCGGGGAAUCUUUGCACUGUACAGGAGCUCUGCUACAUCUGUACGAGUUUCCCUUAACUGAUUGCCGACAUUGCCGAUGUAUUUAUUGUAUUUAUGUACCGAUAUUUGAUAUUUUCACAUAAAUAAAUAAUAAAAAAUGCACCUGACGCAAAAAAA